AUGUCUGAGGUUUCAAAUCCCCCCACUAGCAGCUGGCGCAUUCCCAAGGCCUGCCAGGAGUGCCGAAAGCGCAAGAUCCGCUGCAAUGGCCUAAACCCGUGCAAAACAUGCCAGCAAAGAAAUACACCUUGCAACUAUCGAGAUUUUAUCCGCCACAGGCGAAAGAAACACGAAUAUCGAGAGGCUCAAAAUGAAACCCAGCCACCGCCAGCCUCUCCGGGCCUAACACAGCCAGCCCAGCCAGCCCAACAGCGAAGAUCAUCUUUUAUGCAUACUUUCCCGAAUAGUGUCUCGGCGACACAUAUGGCAUCGCCAUCCUGUCAGAUGCAGCUCUAUUAUGGACCGACUUCGCAUUUUUCUUUGAUGCAGCACAUCUACAGGGACCUCGUAUCCAACCCGACCGCACAACCAGAACCAUCAGGCGGCGUGGAUGAGGCUAGUGCAGGUUUGGACUUGUUCAGCUUCCGACGGAUCUUCUUCGGCACGCCGGACAACCAUGAACCUGGGAAAUCAACUGGAGGGGGAGAUACCCCAAUCAUGUUUUUGCCUCACGACGUUGCCCGGGUAUUUAUGUCACGAUUCCUGUCUAGCCUCUAUCAUAUGACACCGUACCGCUCAAAGGCCUACUAUGAAAGCUGCCUAGAGCGGCUAUACGACCCAUCACCUUCUGCCCACCCCGAUACACUUACUCAAGCUAUCGUUCUGAUCAUUUUGGCGACGGCAGCCCUUGGUACCGAGUAUUUUGCGUGGGGUGAUAUAUUAUACGAUCGCGUCAAAGCUUCUCUUGCAUCUUAUGAUGACGUUGUGAACUUGCAGACUAUCCAAAUAUCUAAUGAACAGGGUCGGCCCAAUUCUGCAUUCUUGCACCUCGGGGCAGCUUCUCGAAAAGCUAUCUCGGCAGGACUACACAGAGGUGUUCCACAUGACAAUAUUGAAAGUCCCGAGAAUAUCGAGGAACGACGAACUACCUUCUGGUCACUGUACAUGUUUGAAACAUGGUUUUGUUUCCAUGCGGGUCGACCCAGCUCAUUGUCAUUGCGCGAUGUCGCAAUUGAAUAUCCACAAGAUCCGUUCAUCCGACUACUAGUCCAGCUAUGCAAAACAAUCUCACGGUCGACCACAGAAAUUUAUGGCGAACGUCACGAGUCGCUGCUACACAUGUGGCGAGUUGCUCGGUCGAUCACAGAAGACCUCCGCGCACACGAGUCGCACAUGAAACAAGCAUUGGGCUUCGGUCCUGAUGCAGAUCUCAGAACGGGAUCCUUGGGUGUGCGGCAAACGAUAUUUGUAACGCUGUACUACCAUACUGUUUUACUCACUUUCCGACCUUUUCUCAUUUUUCGCGGGCAUUGGCGACGAGGCAAGAAAAUCCCGUCAAGUCAGUCGGCGGCUACUAGGAUGCACAAUCGCCCGAAUGAAAUCCCGUCAUGGCUUAACGAAGCCUGUAACCAUGCUCUUUCUGCUGCCCGAAAAACAAUCCAUCACUUAUGCGAAGCCUCUGAGGCGAACGACUUGGUCAAGGAACUGCGGUACCAUGGUUAUUUCAUGGGCAGCUCGGUCUUCACAAUCAUUUACGACCUACUUAAUGAUCCAAGUGCUGCAUCCACUCAUCUCCCUUGGGCGUAUGCAAGUCUGCAGAACCUAUCGACAAUGCGAGCGGGUGACCCAAUUCAAAGUACAAUCGGAGCCAUUCAAACUGUACUGCGUAACAUCAAUCCAUCAUACGAAUGGUUACCAUACGCAAGUCAAACAAACGAUUAUUCCCUUCGCCGCGAGAACGCAAUAUCUUUUCCCCAGGGCUCUAGAGCUACAGAGAGUCAGCAGAUUCAACCCGGUGCUCCACUCGCUGGGAACUCGUUCGCCGGCCCACUUCCUGACUUUCCCGCAUCGCAGUGGAAUUUCCCUCUGGAAGCACCCGAAACGGGGCGCUCAGGGGGAUCGAGUGAAGAUCUUCUCGACUUCACACAAUCUGAUAUGGGUUGGAAUUUUGAUUUCUCAACUAUGGAUCUGGAAGCAUUCUUCUCUCUCUAUCCUCCCAUUGACUCAUCGGCUCCCCAGUAG